CGACAGGUAACGCACUUUGUCUCCAGGACUGACUUCAGCACAUCAGACUUUUAGUUGUAGAACACUUAAAUUUUUCAGGUAAAGAUAUAAUAGCGAUUUUUCUUGACGAAUUGACGUUGACCUUCACCAAGUAGCAUUUCGAUUUACGCAUAACAAACUUAUUAAAGAUACCCAACGGCUAGCUGCCAAGAACUACAGGAACCAGCAACAAAAUGUCCACCUCCGCCUCGUCCUCCAUUGGUCGUCGUUACAACGCUGUCUUACAGCAGACCAUGUUGCGCAUACGGGACCCAAAGGUUUCAGUGCCUUUCUAUGAGAAACAUUUUGGCAUGCAGUUGAUCCACAAGUAUGACUUUCCUCAAUGGAAGUUUUCCUUGUAUUUCCUAGAGCGUACGAAGCCUGGGACUGAAUUGCCCUUCAAAGUACCAGAGGAGGUUGGAAGCAAGAAGAUUAUGGUGAAGGGGUAAUCUGAAUUGGAACAGGGAAGGUUGCGAGUAAGAAGAAGGUUAACAGUAGGCGGGGGUGUAAUUCUAAUUCGAUUGAAAGUUCUAGCAUCUUCAAGCUCCUUUCAAAAAGACCUCUAGUAUACCUGAAUGGUUCUGGUAUUUCGUAACCUCAAUUCGAUCAUAAGGAAAACAAGAAGACUUACCAAAUACCGGAGCCAUUCGAUACCUCCUGUUACAAGUCACUUCUAAGAGGCGCGAGGAGUACCUCUGGAACAUGUCAGGGGGCGUGGUCCUCGAGCUGACCCACAACCACGGCUCAGAAAGUGACGAAAACUUCAAACCCUAUUGGUCUGGCAACAGCGGCAAAGAUGCGCCCAAAGAUUCACCCUUGUACAUCGAAAAUGGACCCACAAGAGGCUUUGGGCAUAUCGCGUUCAACGUGGACGACGUCUAUGCCUAUUCGGCGGAUAUGGAAGCUGCAGGCGUAAAAUUUCAGAAACGUCCGGAUGAAGGAAGAAUGAAAGGCUUAGCCUUUGCCCUGGAUCCCGACGGUUACUGGGUUGAACUGGUGAAGCGAGGAAUGACAUUCGAAGGGGCACCUGCGAAUCUAAGUCAGACGAUGAUGAGAGUUAAAGGUACUUAUUUUGGUGCUCUACUUAGUACUUACAACGACGUGAGUAGGAGUAGGUGUAGGGUAUCCGUAUCUAGCGAUGUGAUGUUGUACUCAGUAGAUGAACGCGGCUUUAACUUUCACCAUUUUCAUUUUGAUUUUUUAUAAUUAUACUGGUGCACAAGAAGACUCGCAAUCCAUCUCGUCCAUCUCCAUACUUACUGCCCAUUUAGUACAACAACCCCACGAACAGAUGCUGACGCCACGAUCGCGUUUUAUCAGCAAUACUUCGAUAUGACGCUAAUCCGCUCCUCUGGUGUGCCCAAUGAUUUCACGAACUAUUUCCUAGUUUCCAAAAUGCUGCCCGAAGAGGAAAAAAGAUGGAAGGAGGAGUUAAAUGAGGAGCCUAAGCAUCCAGAUGGCAAAGACUUCUGUUCAAAACUCUGGUAUCCUGUAUUGGAAUUGACGCAUAACCACGGUACAGAAAACGACUCGGAAUUUCAAGUCUGCAAUGGAAAUCCGCCAAACGAGUACCAAGGAUGGGGACACAUUGGCUUUAUCGUCGACGAUCUGCACAAGUGCUGUGCGGAAAUGGAAGAACAAGGCGUUAAGUUUUUUAAAAGUUAUGACAGCAAGAAAACUUUAUAGAUAUAUGUCUCUUGAUCGUGAUUGUAAAAAUUGAUGGCAACAACAGGAACCGGAACCGGAACGAACGGCUGCAACGACAUAGAAGGCUAAGGAUAACCUAAUAGAAGGAUUCAUCACGACCUUCGACGAUCUCGUCGUUCCACCAAAUGUUUUGAAAAGUUUCUUUCUUCUUUCUCUUCUAACAAGUACCCCAAGAUGGCAACAUGAACAAUAUCGCUUUCGCGCUCGAUCCCAGUGGCUAUCGUGUCGAGCUUGUGCAGAGGGGGACUGGGUUUCUAUGAGUGCCUAUCGCGUCGAGUUUUGUGCAGAGGGGAACUGGGUUUCUAUGAAAUGGACAUUAACCUACUGAAAACCGCGCUGAGCCUGAGAGACUUCAGGUGUUGAUCUGAGAAAAGAUUCAAAGCUAACGAUCUGUUGAUUUCCAAGAAUCUUCACAUGUUGUUCAGAUGUAAGGAGGUGGAUGCUCAUCAACUGUAAGGUCUCGCAUCUUCUAGUCUGUAUUGCUAUUGCAACGCUUUUUCAU